GGGCGGUGCGGCACCGUGUCGAAGCGUGUCGGGGACCGCUCGAGAGGCCCCUACCCAGUCCGGAGGCUAGAGAGCGCGGCUCACCGCGGCGCGAUCCAGUACCCCGGCGCCAGUUCGCCGCAGCUCGCUACGCGGCCACCGCGGCCACGAUCGGCUUCCCCGCACCUGGCACUCCCGAGGACCGAGAGCGCGACUCGUGGCUGGCCGAGCGGACGCGUUAAUGUGCCGGUCACCGGGAUCCGUUCGUCCAGGUCGAGCGGAGGCAUCGUACACCGACCCCGCACUCGAGGGCCCACCGGCCGACCCUAUCGGUAAGCAUCCGCCCGACGACCGGGAGCGAGAGGUGGAGGGCCGUGAGCCGCGACUUGAGAGAUGGUCAUCGUCACUCGGGGUGAUUACAUAUGGAUUGAACCUGUCUCAGGAAGGGAAUUUGACGUAGCGAUUGGAGCCCGUGUGAUAUCGGCUGAAGGUAGGCGAAUCCAAGUUAAGGACGACGAUAACAAGGAACAAUGGCUUACUCCCGAGAGAAGAAUAAAAGCCAUGCAUGCUACGUCGGUGCAAGGAGUCGAAGAUAUGAUCAGUUUAGGAGACCUCCAUGAAGCUGGAAUUUUACGGAAUUUAUUGAUACGUUACAAUGAGAAUCUCAUUUACACAUAUACCGGCUCCAUACUGGUAGCAGUAAAUCCGUAUCAAAUAUUACCUAUCUACACAGCGGAACAAAUUAAGCUUUAUAAGGAUCGCAAAAUUGGAGAGCUGCCACCUCAUAUAUUUGCAAUAGGUGACAAUAGUUACGCUCACAUGAACCGAUAUGGACAAGAUCAAUGUAUUGUAAUAAGCGGUGAAAGCGGUGCAGGAAAAACUGAAAGUACUAAAUUGAUCUUACAAUACCUGGCAGCUAUUAGUGGAAAGCAUUCCUGGAUCGAGCAGCAAAUUCUCGAAGCAAAUCCUAUUCUCGAAGCAUUCGGCAAUGCAAAGACUGUGAGGAACGAUAAUUCAUCUCGAUUCGGUAAAUACAUAGACAUUCACUUCAAUGAUCAGGGGGUUAUUGAAGGAGCCAAGAUCGAGCAGUAUCUUCUGGAAAAAUCACGAAUAGUCUCGCAAAGUUUGGAUGAGAGGAAUUACCAUGUGUUCUAUUGCAUGCUCGCUGGACUUUCGAGAGAGGAAAAGCAAAAACUUGAACUGGGAGAUGCAUCUACCUACAGAUAUCUUACUGGGGGUGGCAGCAUUACGUGCGAAGGUCGAGACGACGCCGCAGAAUUUGCUGACAUCCGAUCGGCCAUGAAAGUAUUAUUAUUUACUGAUAGCGAAAUAUGGGAAGUUCUUAAGUUACUUGCUGCUUUAUUACAUAUGGGAAACAUUAAGUACAAAGCGACAGUCAUCGAUAAUUUGGAUGCCACCGAAAUACCAGAACAAACGAAUGUCACGAGAGUAGCACAUUUAUUGGGAGUACCAGUUCAAUCCCUGAUAGAUGCUCUAACGCGAAAGACGAUAUUUGCGCACGGUGAGACAGUGGUUUCAACUUUAUCAAGAGAACAAUCUGUGGACAUACGAGAUGCAUUCGUCAAAGGGAUUUACGGAAGAUUGUUUGUACAUAUCGUUAAGAAAAUUAAUGAAGCAAUAUAUAAGCCUAAAAAUGUCUCUCGAAGCGCAAUCGGAGUUCUUGACAUAUUUGGAUUCGAAAAUUUUGACCACAACAGCUUCGAACAAUUUUGCAUUAAUUAUGCAAAUGAAAAUCUUCAACAAUUCUUUGUGCAGCAUAUUUUCAAAUUGGAACAGGAAGAAUAUAACCAUGAAGGAAUUAAUUGGCAACAUAUCGAAUUUGUCGAUAAUCAAGAUGCUUUGGAUUUAAUAGCUAUUAAGCAACUUAACAUUAUGGCACUUAUUGAUGAGGAGUCAAAGUUUCCUAAGGGCACUGAUCAAACUAUGUUGGCUAAAAUACAUAAAACUCACGGAUCACAUAGAAAUUACUUAAAACCAAAGUCAGACAUUAAUACGUCUUUUGGUUUAAACCAUUUUGCGGGUGUCGUUUUUUACGACACCCAAAGUUUCUUGGAGAAAAACCGAGAUACUUUUAGUGCAGAUCUUUUGCAGCUUAUUCACAUAUCGUCAAAUAAAUUUCUGCAAACUUGCUUCGUCGAAGAUAUUGGCAUGGGAUCGGAAACCAGAAAAAGGGCUCCGACAUUAUCAACUCAGUUUAAGAAAUCAUUGGAUUCGUUAAUGAAAACUUUAUGCAAUUGUCAACCAUUUUUCAUUAGAUGUAUCAAGCCAAAUGAAUUCAAAAAACCAAUGAUGUUCGACCGAGGACUUUGUUGUCGACAAUUACGAUACUCAGGAAUGAUGGAAACAAUUCGAAUUCGUAGAGCAGGGUAUCCUAUUCGGCAUUCUUUUCAUGAAUUUGUUGAACGAUAUAGAUUUCUCAUAUCUGGAAUACCACCUGCUCACAAGAUUGAAUGUCGCGGUGCCACGGCGAGGAUUUGUCAUACAGUGUUAGGAAGAUCGGAUUAUCAGCUCGGACAUACCAAAGUGUUUUUGAAAGAUGCACACGAUUUAUUUCUGGAACAAGAGCGCGAUCGUGUACUCACUAGAAAGAUUUUAAUAUUACAGCGCAAUAUUCGCGGUUGGGUCUACCGUAGACGAUUUUUACGUAUGCGAGCGGCUGCAAUAACUGUGCAAAAGCAUUGGAGAGGCUAUGCACAACGUCAACGAUACAAGCAGAUGCGCAGCGGUUACAUGCGACUUCAAGCACUCAUUCGGUCCCGUGUAUUGUCGCAUAGAUUUCGACAUCUUCGAGGUCAUAUCGUCGCUCUUCAAGCUCGAUCAAGAGGCCACUUGGUCAGAAAAAUGUACCGCAAGAAAAUGUGGGCCAUAGUAAAAAUACAAGCUCACGUGAGAAGGUUGAUAGCGCAAAGACGGUACAAAAAGAUCAAAUACGAGUAUCGUCUUCACAUAGAAGCUUUGAAGCUUCGGAAAAAGGAAGAGCGAGAACUCAAGGAUCAAGGAAAUAAGAGGGCCAAGGAAAUUGCGGAACAGAAUUACAGGGAGAGAAUGCAAGAGUUGGAAAGGAAGGAGAUCGAAAUGGAAUUAGAGGACAGACGUAGGAUGGAAAUAAAGAAGAAUUUGAUUAAUGAUGCAGCUAAAAAGCAAGACGAACCAGUCGACGACAGUAAAUUAGUCGAAGCUAUGUUCGACUUUCUACCGGAUUCUAGUAGUGAAGCUCCAACUCCAGCUAGAGAAACGUCCGUGUUUAACGAUCUGCCUGCACCUAGGGCCGAUCAACAAGAAGUUAUUAGUCCAGUACAGACGGCAUCGGAAGAUGAAGAAGACCUUUCUGAGUUCAAAUUCCAAAAGUUUGCGGCUACUUAUUUUCAAGGCAAUAUCACCCAUCAAUAUUCUCGAAAACCGUUAAAACAUCCUUUAUUGCCAUUGCAUACUCAAGGCGAUCAAUUGGCAGCUCAAGCGUUAUGGAUCACGAUACUUCGAUUCACGGGUGAUUUGCCAGAGCCUCGUUAUCAUACAAUGGAUCGAGACACUACAUCCGUUAUGUCAAAAGUUACCGCCACACUCGGUAGAAAUUUUAUAAGAAGCAAAGAGUUUCAAGAAGCUCAAAUGAUGGGGGUAGAUCCCGACACUUUUCUUAAGCAGAAGCCAAGAUCCAUUCGGCACAAACUGGUAUCAUUGACCCUAAAGCGGAAAAAUAAACUAGGGGAAGACGUUCGGAGAAGGUUGCAGGAAGAUGAAUACACCGCGGACAGUUAUCAGUCCUGGCUCGAAGCAAGGCCAACGUCGAAUCUCGAAAAGCUUCAUUUCAUUAUUGGCCACGGUAUCCUUCGUGCCGAGCUACGAGAUGAGAUUUACUGUCAGAUUUGUAAACAACUAACUAACAACCAGUCGAAGUCGUCCCAUGCUCGUGGUUGGAUAUUAUUAUCCUUAUGUGUCGGCUGCUUUGCACCUUCCGAGAAGUUUGUCAAUUACCUACGAGCAUUCAUACGAGAAGGUCCUCCUGGUUAUGCUCCAUAUUGCGAAGAUCGAUUGAAAAGAACCUUCAACAAUGGUACUCGUAAUCAACCACCGAGCUGGUUAGAGCUCCAAGCUACAAAGUCAAAGAAACCAAUCAUGCUUCCAAUCACAUUCAUGGAUGGAAAUACGAAAACGUUACUUGCUGACUCAGCGACCACAGCUAGAGAACUGUGUAAUCAAUUGUCCGAUAAAAUAUCAUUGAGAGAUCAGUUUGGAUUUUCUCUUUACAUCGCGUUGUUUGACAAGGUUUCGUCUUUGGGCAGCGGCGGGGAUCACGUAAUGGAUGCGAUAUCGCAAUGUGAACAAUACGCCAAGGAGCAAGGUGCUCAGGAGAGAAAUGCUCCUUGGAGAUUGUUCUUCCGGAAAGAAAUAUUUGCUCCAUGGCAUGAACCUACCGAAGACCAAGUCGCAACGAACUUGAUUUAUCAACAAGUUGUUCGUGGCGUAAAGUUUGGAGAGUACCGCUGCGACAAGGAGGAGGAUCUGGCUAUGAUUGCAGCUCAGCAGUAUUACAUAGAAUAUCAUGCCGACAUGAAUGUCGAAAGAUUGUACACUCUUUUGCCUAAUUAUAUACCCGACUAUUGUUUGACGGGCAUCGAUAAGGCUAUCGACAGAUGGGGACAUCUCGUUCUCCAAGCUUACAAAAAGAGUUAUUACCUAAAAGAAAAAGUACCAGCUUUACGGGUUAAGGAAGACGUCGUGGGAUAUGCAAAGUUUAAAUGGCCUUUGUUGUUCUCUCGAUUCUAUGAGGCGUAUCGGAACUCUGGGCCAAAUCUGCCGAAAAAUGAUGUCAUUAUAGCUGUUAAUUGGACCGGCGUCUAUGUAGUUGACGACCAAGAACAGGUGCUACUGGAAUUAUCCUUCCCCGAAAUCACCACUGUAUCUAGUCAAAAAACAAACAAAAUGUUCACUCAAACAUUCAGUUUGUCGACGGUGCGAGGAGAAGAAUUUACAUUCCAGAGCUCGAAUGCGGAAGAUAUUCGCGACUUGGUAGUAUACUUUUUAGAAGGACUAAAGAAACGCAGCAAAUUCGUCAUAGCUUUACAAGAUUACAAAGCACCAGGAGAGGGUUCUUCGUUUUUAAGUUUUCAAAAAGGAGACCUCAUUAUAUUAGAAGAAGAGAGCACUGGUGAAACUGUUCUCAAUUCCGGGUGGUGUAUUGGAAUCUGUGAAAGAACGGGCGAGAGGGGAGACUUUCCUGCUGAAACGGUUUAUGUGCUGCCUACAUUAUCAAAACCUCCUAAUGAUAUAUUGGCUUUGUUUAAUAUUGAAGGAACGGAAAACGGUCGAAGACUUUAUCCACAACAAAUAAAUGGUGUUGAACCCCGAGAUAAGCCACAUACUCUUCUUGAAUAUUCAAUUGACCACUUCAGGGCUCCUCCAAAGAGAACCAUGUCAAAAGCUUUGACACUUACCACUACUCGCAGAAGUCACGCCGAUGAACUAUGGCGUCAUUCAAGGGAUCCUAUCAAACAACCUCUUCUAAAGAAAUUAGUUUCUAAGGAGGAAUUAGCAGAAGAAGCUUGUUACGCUUUCAACGCCAUUUUGAAGUAUAUGGGCGACUUGCCAACUAAAAGGCCCCGAGUCGGAAAUGAAUAUACAGAUCACAUAUUUGAUGGGCCUCUGAAAAAUGAAAUAUUGCGCGACGAAAUCUAUUGUCAAAUAAUGAAGCAGUUGACUGACAAUCGAAAUAGGUUGAGUGAGGAAAGAGGCUGGGAAUUAAUGUGGCUUGCAACGGGCUUAUUCACCUGUAGUCAAAGCCUUCUUAAGGAAUUAACUUUAUUCUUGCGGACGAGACGUCACCCAAUUUCUCAAGAUUCACUACAGAGACUUCAAAAGACGUUACGAAAUGGUCAACGGAAGUUCCCGCCACAUCAAGUAGAAGUUGAGGCGAUACAGCACAAAACAACGCAAAUAUUUCAUAAAGUCUAUUUCCCAGACGAUACGGAUAAGGCAUUUGAAGUUGAUUCGUCAACAAAAGCGAAAGACUUUUGCCAAAAUAUAGCUCAACGUCUUAACCUACGAUCUGGAGAAGGAUUUAGCUUGUUCGUCAAAAUUGCCGAUAAAGUAAUAUCUGUCCCCGAAGGGGAUUUCUUCUUUGAUUUUGUACGACACUUAACAGAUUGGAUUAGAAAAGCACGACCAUCAAGAGACGCAGGUCUCUCACCACAAUUCACGUACCAAGUAUUCUUUAUGAAGAAAUUGUGGACUAAUACGGUACCUGGUAAAGACAGAAAUGCGGAUUUAAUUUUUCAUUAUCAUCAAGAGUUGCCUAAAUUACUGAGAGGAUAUCAUAAAUGCACUAAAGAGGAAGCAUCAAGACUGGCUGCAUUAGUAUACAGAGUGCGAUUUGGAGAAAGCAAACAAGAAUUACAAGCAAUUCCUCAAAUGUUGCGGGAGUUAAUACCUACUGACUUGGUAAAGGUGCAAAGUUCCAAUGACUGGAAACGAUCCAUAAUAGCAGCCUACAAUCAAGAUGCUGGCAUGAGUCCAGAAGAUGCAAAAAUUACCUUCCUGAAAAUCGUUUAUCGUUGGCCAACAUUUGGGUCUGCAUUUUUCGAAGUCAAACAAAGUACAGAGCCAAAUUACCCGGAAAUGCUAUUAAUUGCCAUUAAUAAACAUGGAGUGAGCUUAAUACACCCUCAAACGAAAGAUAUUUUAAUAACACAUCCCUUCACCAGAAUCUCCAAUUGGUCAUCCGGCAAUACUUACUUCCACAUGACCAUAGGGAAUUUUAUGCGAGGCUCUAAGCUUCUCUGUGAAACGACUCUGGGUUAUAAGAUGGAUGACCUUUUGACCUCGUACAUCUCGUUAAUGCUUACUACGAUAAACAAACAACGUACUAUAAGAAUAAAGUAAUCGUGACAUCACAAAUUUUGCCAACAUAACACAAAAAAUUAGUUGUCUUUGUAUCAUAUACAUAUGUUUCUAAGAUAUUUAAUAGAAGUAUUUAAAAAAUAAUAGGAUUUAAUUCUGUAUGAAAAGAAUUAAAUUAUGCUUUUAUAAGAUGACUGGUAAGAGAUAUCGAUGAUGCCGUCGCUGAUGUUACAUUGAAAAUUAUUCAGAUUUAUUUGGUACAAUUUUUAAGCCCCUUUUUUUUACAAAAGCAUAUGAUCGAUCAUGAUUUAAAAUUAGUUACAACUUUUAUGUACACAGAACACUAAUUAAACUUAUUGUACAUGUUCUAUUUACAUUUAAGGUCAUCAUAGGUUUUGUAAAAUAUUGACAUGCUCGUAAUAAAUAUAAUUGGAGGGUUUGA